AUGAAUAAAUGUACCUCGUACCAGUACUAUCAAGUAAUUCCUAACACACGAUUGGCUGAUUUCACCUCUGCAAACUCUCUCUCAACAGAACCCGAGUUGCCGGAAGAGCCGCCUUCAAAAGACGACUUGUGUUACAGCCGACCUACGUCGUGGGUGCAGUCGAUACUGCUGCAUGAGGACGACAACUCAAAAGGCGCCUCCUCGUCCUAUCAGCACACAGUCACCUCGUAUUUUGAGCCAAUCUCAUUGGACGAGACGCCUUACCUCCCGCCAAUCAACGACUUGCAAGCAAAAGAUGGGCCCGAUUCUGGAGUCCAGCGGGUUGACCUUUUAUCCCUCUUCCAGAGCGAUGGUUCGCCUGCCACCUCUGGACCCCUCACCUACUCAGCCUCCUCAACCUCUGCCUCGACGGAGGGAUGCUCUCUUGGUUGGGAACUGCGCAAACAAUGCAUUAUCGUUAAUACGGAGCACUUCAGUACAUCAUCAUUGGUAAUCGAAAUCGAGUACAAGGGGCGAUUAGAGGCUGACGAGAUCGCGAAGCAAAUACGCCGUCUCCAGGCUCGUUUUGCCUGCAACCACAACCGCAUGACAGUUGCCUUAUCCUGCCUCGUGCAGCAAUUUUUGUCCGUCAGUGGACCAAGUCUCUGUGAGCUUGAACACGUUCCACCACAAGGCCAAAAUCUUGCCGGAGAAUUCGUCAUUGCAUUCAAGCGUAUUAUCCGGAUAAUGGAGUGUCAAAACCAACCAUCAACUUCGCACUGGAACCACUCAACCUGGACGUCAAUGCCAUUGCUCUUCACUCACUCGUCGCGGUGCAACGUGAAGUUGAAGAUGUACAAGAAGGAACUGGAGUUGUACUGGCGGAAUGCAGAACCCCACUUCACGCCUCGACGAGAUAGUCAUGAGAAGAUGCUUGCUACAGGUUAUCAAGAUGCAGUUCUCAAGACCCAGUCAGCGAACUAUUGGGAAGAGCUGAGCAAGGGUGUUGGCGAUAUGGAGCAAUUCGCUGAAGCGACAGAAGAAUCCGCUGUAGUUGCCGAGGCAUUUGUGGUCACAAACUUCCACGAGUUGCCACCGAUCAUGUUGCGGUGUUCAUCGAUCGAUACUGUUUGCCUAGUCGACGCAUUAUCACGCCAUGAACCAACAAUCCUGUCUUUCGCAAAUACCUCGACUCAGAACGCACAUCGACCUUCUGGACGUGGCCAGUCACCCUGUCGACUCGGUUCUUUCCUCUCAGUCCAUCGACUAUCCGACUUCAGUGACAGUCUGAACAACCUUGUCACGUCUCGGGCCCUACUGGUUUUCGCAGGAUCGACAACGACCAACGUCGACUUCCUGCGACUAAUCUCAUGCGACAAACCAUCCACACCUGCCCAAUAUCAACUACGCCAUUCCAUUCUACCUGAUACACAUCCUCUGUGGCACGGAUUAUUUGCCAACGCCCUUGGUCUCGUGUUCACGACUCUGUCCAGCCUGGGUGAUGAGGAAUUUAGCUUGAUCACCUUCAGUGUCUGCGUUCUGUCCGUAAACAAGUUCAAGAAGAUCUACAGCUUCCUUUGGGUAUGGACAGGGUUUGUUUUCCCUUACAACCCCCAGUCACGACUUCCUACGUCCAUUCUUCUGGAUUUCCUACCUUGCGAUUCCCCCGCGACAUAUUGCGCUUGUAUUCGACUGCGGGAUCCGGCGAGGUAUUGGUCGCGUAGAAAAAUUGCUCAAGCACAUGGAGACGGGCUUACGUGCUACCCUGAGACCCUCAGUGUUCACGACGAUAUCCUGCGAUGUGAAUGCCAAUAA